AUGGACUUCCUUAGUCAUCUGAAUCUGUCCUUCAACAAACUCUCUGGCCGUAUUCCAUCCGGCAACCAUCUACGUACUGUGGAUGAUGAAUCUGUUUAUCGUGGCAACAAUGGACUAUGUGGAGCUCCUCUUUCGAAGAUAUGUCCUGGAGAUGAGCCACCCAGCAGGGAUGGGCACAACGGUGAUAAUUCAAGUGGAGAUAGGCCUAGCGGAGGCAAUUUGGAUAUCCAUAAUUGGUUUUAUGCAGGAUUAGGACCUGGUUUCACAGUGGGAUUUCUGGGAUUUUGUAGCAUCUUGCAUUUCAAGCGAUCUUGGAGGGUCUCUUACUUUCGAGCGAUGGACAGGGCUAUCAAGGAAUUCUCGAAGAGUAAGAGAGGUGGAGAAACUUGCCCGACUUUGAAGAAGUGCUUUGUGUUAUCAGAUGGAUAG